UGCGCAUAUGCUUGCUUGGCCAAACGAAGAGGACGCACUGUUGAGACUUGAAAUGGUGUAGGAAUUUCAUCAGAAUGGUGUAUGAUUUUGAUGUCAGAGAUUUUUGUCAAAACUUGAAGGCCACUAAACCACCUUAUGAAUGUCCCGUUAAAGACUGUGGUAAAGUGUAUAAAAGUUAUUGUGGUAUUCAGUUUCAUCUUUAUAAUUAUGAUCAUGAUAACCCAGAGAAUAACAGUCCUACUCCAACUGGUAAAAAACCUGGUAAGAAGAAGGGAAGAUGGGGCCAUCACAGAUCAAUGCGUAGAUCUCCAACUCCACCAGAAUUUGUUAAACCAGCUCCAAGACUGGAGACUCUAACCUAUGCUGAAGCACAAAGACUGGUGGAAAUUGAUGUUGAUGGUAGGAUUCAUAGGAUAAAUAUAUAUGAACCUUUGGAAAUUAUAUCUCAAGAUCAGAUCGAUAACCAGAGCAAUAAAGAAAAGGAAGAGAAAGCAGAGAAAGUCCCCAAAGUAACUAAGCAGCAUACUGAUAAGAACAAAACUAAAAACAAAGAAACACCAGCACCUGCUGAUAAAAACAAUGAUGGUAAAUUACCAGAGGCACAGUUUAAGAUUGUUGACAAUUAUAUCAAGCCAACUAAUCCUAAACCAAGACCAAACUCAUAUUAUCGUUAUAUUGAAAAAUCUACAGAUGAGUUGGAUGAUGAAGUGGAGUAUGAUAUGGAUGAAGAGGAUCAUGCAUGGUUGGAACUUUUGAACAAAAAGAGAGAAACAGAUGGACUUACUCUGGUAAAUCAAGCUGAUUUUGAACUUUUAAUGGACAGAUUUGAAAAAGAAGCAUUUUUCCAAAGUCAGUCCUCAGGAAAGGAUAUUGGUCCUCCUAUUGAUGAAGAUGCUGUUUGUAGUAUUUGUAUGGAUGGUGAAUGUCAAAAUAGUAAUGUGAUUUUAUUUUGUGACAUGUGUAACUUGGCUGUGCACCAGGAAUGUUAUGGUGUUCCAUAUAUUCCUGAAGGACAAUGGUUGUGUAGGCGGUGUCUUCAGUCUCCCUCUCGAGCAGUUGAUUGUUGUCUAUGCCCAAAUAAGGGUGGUGCUUUCAAACAAACUGAUGAUGGAAAAUGGGCUCAUGUGGUUUGUGCAUUAUGGAUACCUGAAGUUGGGUUUGCAAACACAGUAUUUUUAGAGCCCAUAGAUAGUAUGGAGAGAAUUCCUCCUGCACGAUGGAGGUUAUCAUGUUAUAUUUGUAAACAGAGAGGGACAGGGGCAUGCAUUCAGUGCCACAAAACAAACUGUUAUACUGCAUUUCAUGUGACUUGUGCUCAGCAGGCAGGACUUUAUAUGAAAAUAGAACCUGUUAAAGAGCCUAGUGGUUUAACUGUGACUGUUCGUAAAACAGCCUAUUGUGAUGUUCACGCUCCAGCUGACUCAGACUGUACACCUAUGUUAAAUGAUAGUACUACAUCAGAGGAGGAAAAAUCAGCUGAUGCUAAAGAAAAAUCUCGAUUAAAAAUGAGAAAAGCAAGAAAAAUCCUAGCUGAGAAAAGAAAUGCCAUGCCAGUUGUUUCUAUUCCAAUAAUUCCACAGCUUAGACUUACAAAUAUAGGUAAUAUGCUUAACUUGCCAAAGAAGCAACCAUUCAUAACAAGAUUGUUAAGUUAUUGGACAUUAAAAAGACAGUCUCGGAAUGGUGUUCCACUACUCAGGAGAUUACAAUCCAAUCACAUGACCAGGAACAAAGAGCAGACAAAAAAUGAUAAACAAAGUAAUGCUUUGAAAGAACAACUGAAGUACUGGCAAAGAUUAAGACAGGAUUUAGAGAAGGCUAGAUUGUUGGUGGAGUUGAUUAGAAAAAGAGAAAAGCUUAAAAGAGAACAGCUUAAGGUUCAACAACAAGCAAUGGAGAUGCAGUUACAACCAUUUGCUGUUCUGUUACGGCAUACCUUAGAUCAGAUCCAAGAAAUUGAUAAUUCAGGUUUCUUCUCUGAACCUGUAUCCUUAGAUGAGGUACCAGAUUAUCUUAACUAUAUUGAUAAACCUAUGGAUUUUACAACAAUGAGAAAGAAUAUAGAUGGCCACUCCUACAAGACCAUGGAUGAAUUUGAGAAAGAUUUUGAAACUAUUAUAAGGAAUUGCUGCACCUAUAAUGCAAAAGACACAGUAUUUUAUCGCUGUGCUGUUAAACUCAGAGAUCAGGGCGGAGCUGUGAUAAGAGCAGCCAGGAGAAUGGUAGAAAGAGUUGGUUAUGAUCCAGAUACUGGCUUACAUUUAGACAGGGAACCAGAUCCUAUUGGUUCACCUGUUAUAUUAGAAGACAUUGAUGAUUUUUUGGAUAAGAGGAAAGAAAACUUGCCAUUAGAAGAACAACUAAGAAUUCUGUUAGAUAACAUGGAUGCUGCCAAUAAUAAUAGAAAGGGUAAACAGACCAAACUGAUCAAAAGAAUCAAAAAAGAAAUUCUUCGAGUUAGAAGAAAACUUGCUUUACAGAAAGGACAGAAAACAAGUGAUGCAGACGAAAGUGUUGACACAGGAACAGAUGAUGAUUCUGCUGAAGAUGAAAGUCGGCCAGCUACACCACAACCUCAACCUCGUAACAUUAGAUCAUCUUCAGGGUGUAAACCAGAGAAGACUCCAUCAGGUCGAGGAACUCCAGGCAGAGGAAGAGGUAGAGGGAGGGGUAGGGGCCGUGGAAGAAGAGCUAGUCAUAGUAGAAGUGAAUCUGAAUCUGAACAUCCUUUACCAGGACAUUUAGAAAAAAGACGAUCAUCUGAUAGUUCCCGUACAACAGAAUCAUCAACUUCAUCAUCAAAAACUGAGGAAAGUGGCUCAUCAUUAACCACACCAGCAGGUGUAAAUAGACGAACUAAGGUGCUAUUCAGCAAAAAAGGUUUUAAUUCAAAAAACAAUUCACGGUGUUCUAGUCCAGUAACCACACCUAAUACACCACCUAUCAGUACUCCUACAAGUAAGAAGCCAGGCAGGCCACCGAAAUCCAAAAAAGUACCUACAGACUCUACAGAAUCCCCUCAACCACCUGUACUAGAACCAAUGAAUAUAACAUCACCGAGGCUGAGAGGUCCAGGUAGUCCUGCAGCCAGAAAGAGAUCUGCUAGUGCUUUAGCAUCUCCUGAUCGGGAUUUACGACCAUCUCCACCGAAAAGGACUAGUUCUAUGGUUGAACCUAUAUCUCAAUUUGCAGAUCCUCCUGAUCUAACAAAAAAAGACAGUUUCAUGAGAUAUCGAGGACCAGAUAAUUUAAGAAGUUCGUCAGAAUCUGAAAGUUCAUCUGUGAUAAGUUCUAGUGACGAUUCAUUAUCGGAAAGUUCAAGUGGUUCAUCCAGUAGCAAUAGUAGAUCAGAUCAAAAUUCAAAUGGCUUACCAAAGUUGUCUGAGGAUGGUGGCACAGAAAGUGACGGAUCUAAUUCUCCAAGCUCAGCGAAAUAUGCAACCAUAAUAACCUCAGCUUCAAAGGCAGUUGGUGAAUCUAGCUUGCAUGAAUGUUUAACUUUCCCUGCAUGCACAAAUAGAACCAGCCAGCAUGUUAAGCUUGCUUGUGAAGCAGAAUAUGCGGAAAUUUUUCUUUCGGAUGAUAAGAACUCUUGUCUGAAAAACAAUAAAAUUAAAAAAGUUGUGAAUUCAUCUGAACCUUUUGUUAGAAUAAAUCAAAGUCAUGUGGCAAAAAUUUCUUCUGUCAUACCUAUGGUCCAGCAAAAAAGAAAUAAAUCUGCACCAGAAACAGAAAUGAAGCACUGUGAAUCAACCAAUGUAUUGAGACAUAAAAUCAACAGCGUUACAGAAAUGUUGGAAUGUCUCCGUGAUGACAGAAAUGAGAUAGGAAGGGCAAGAAGAAGUACAAGCUGUGAUUCAGAAGAACUGAUACCAUUGGAGCCUCUUGAUUUGGUUUGGGCUAAAUGUAGAGGCUACCCAUGGUACCCUGCUCUUAUAAUAAAUCCUAAAAUGCCUAAGACUGGUUAUUUCCAUAAUGGAGUUCCUAUUCCUGUCCCACCAGAAGAUGUUCUUCUUCUCCAGAGAAAGUAUGAUGAACAUGUCUACCUCAUACUCUUCUUUGAUACAAAACGUACAUGGCAGUGGCUUCCAAGAAACAAGUUAGAACCUUUAGGUGUAGACUCUGGCUUAGACAAAGCUAAAUUAUUAGAAAACAGAAAACCAAAUGUGAGAAAGGCUGUGCAACGGGCUUACGAGAAAGCUAUUUUACACCGGUGUAGUGUGACAGGAGAACCUAACCCUCUCUCGGGAGACUCAGAAAUUGAAGAUAUUGAAUGAAAUCCUCUUUUCUUAUUCUUGCUGUUAUAAAUUUUUCACUGACCAAAUAAUUCGCUCUUUUUGAUAAAUUAUCUGGCAUUAUUGAAAUGAAUAUGGUGAAUUUCUUGUUCAAUGAAACCUGUAGUUAAAUUGAUUUAUUAUAAAUCCCAGGUUGGAUAUUUUUUUAUUGAAAGCAGUUUGAUUGUACUUGCAGUAUUUUCUACAGUGUAUGUAGGAAAUUAUUUUUAUAAAACAGGCUGGUGUUUUCUUGAAAAGUUAGCUUCAUGAUUUUGACAGUCUUACUUUUUCUGUCUUACAGGUUGAAAAGAUUUGUGUAAGAAAUUUGUUUUGACUGCAAUUCAUCUGUUUAUUUAGAGUAAAAACAAAUAAAUCAUAGGGACACACACUGUUAUGAAAUUAAAAAAAGUCAAUAGUUCAAAAUGCUUUAUAAAAAUCUGUUAGGUUAAUAUAAAGUUUCACAGCAUAUUUAAAUAUAAAUAAUCAAAAACUUUGUUAAGUUACAUCGUGCAUCUUCAGAACGGCAGCAUAUGUUGGAAGGUUGAGACAAUUUUAAGAAAUUGGGAAAAUUUUUAAUUGUGAAGACUUUCAUACUAUUUGAUUGUAUACUUUAAAUGAUUAAUUGUAUACAAAAAAGAGUUAUAAAAUGUGUAAGAGGUUAUUUUUGAAGAGUUUGAAGUUUUAAAUUGUUUUAAAUGUUGAGAGGUUUCCUAUGUGUAUAUGUUUUAAUGUUACAGUGUUGUUAGGUGCCAGGGUGAUAUAAACCUUUGUUUUUAUAUACUGUUAGAUUUUAUGGUAUAUAUUUAUUGUCAAGUUUAAAUACUCUUUUGUUUUAUAAAAGCUGACACUGUCAUACAUUAUGGAUAGACUAAUGUUUUUAUGUUUUUGAGAAAUCUAAAUAUCUGUAUAUUGGAUGAAAUUUUGCAAGAGUGCUAUUAUUUAUGCAAUUUUUGUACAGAUUCUCAUUUAACUUAUCAAUAAUUAGACCUAGUUAGAUACUUAACUGUGAUAGCAUCCUUUAGAGAAGAAAAUCCAGUUCUAGAAGAAUAAUUUGAAAACUAGGGUCUAGCAAAUUGAACUGAUGAAAAAUCAGCAAGGCGAAGUAUAGAAGUCUCUUCAUUUAAAAAAAAACCAAAAUAGUACAAGAAAUAUUUUGUUAUUCUGUUCAGGCUAACUAUUAAAAAAAACUAUUUUCCAAAUUGUGAGUUGUAAGGAGGUUUUUAUAUGGUUUUAUUCUUACUAACUAAAACAUAUAUUAAAAAAAUGGGAAAUGUUGUAAACCCACAUAUAGUGUUUGUUGCUACAUGCUACAUGUACUUGAAUAAAAUGUUACAUUGUUGAAUCAAUUUAAGUGUGCAAUUUAGUCUAUUGAUCUAUUGUGAUAAUUGUUUAUAUUACAACGUAAUAAGAAUAAAAAUAGACUAUUUUGCAUGUCAGAUUUAUUUUCAUGAAUUCUUGUAAACAAAACAUGAUUAAUCUACUGCCAACAUUUCAUUUAUCUCAUUUGUCUCAAUGAUUUUUUGAAAAUUCACAGUAAACAAUUUAUAAAGUUUCUACUUUCAUUAUUAUUUGUAAUUCAUUGCCAUAUUUUGAAAAUGAUCAGUAUUGUAAAUACUCUGUUGUAUCAACCAUAAUAAAUUAACUUCCACUUUC